AUGGACAACAAGAACCAGACGGUCUUCACGGAAAUCAUUUUGUUGGGGUUCACCGGAGACCGGACCAUCAACAUUCUGCUGUUUAUUUUAUUCUCCGUCAUCUACUCGGUGACUGUUUUUGGAAACGGCCUGAUCAUCGGCAUCAUCCUGCACAACCAUCACCUGCACACCCCCAUGUUCUACUUCCUGUGCCUGCUCUCCGUCUUCGACUUGAGCUACUCGUCCACGGCCGUGCCCCGCCUCUUGUCAGACCUCUUCUCUUCGCAGAGGGCCAUCUCGGCGCUGGCGUGCGUCCUCCAGAUCUACGUCAUCCUUCUCCUGGAGGGGUGUGAGUGUCUCCUCCUGGCCAUUAUGUCCUACGACCGCUACGUGGCCAUCUGCCGGCCUCUCAGGUACCACGUCCUCAUGCGUUGGAGUAUCUGCUACAAGCUGACCGCCGUGAUAUUCAUCUCCAGCUUCUUGAUGUGCAUUUUCCCCUCCAUCUUCAUGAGGAUCACCAUUUGCCACAACCGGAUCAACCACUUCAUGUGCGAGGUUCUCGCCGUCGUGAAGUUGGCCUGCGGUGAUAUUUCGGCCAAUGAGCUGGUCAUCUUCUCCAUCAGCUUCGUGACACUCCUCCUCCCCUUCCUCCUCAUUAUAAUAUCGUACGUCUGCAUUUUGUGGACUGUGCUGAAGAUCCGGUCUGCCGGGAGGUCUAAGGCCUUCUCCACUUGCUCCUCCCACCUAGCCGUGGUGGGACUGUACUUUGGGACCGUGAUGCUCAUGUACUUCGGCCCGUCAUCCCAGUACUCCACCGACCAGGAGAAGUACAGCUCCAUAUUUUACGUGAUUGUGUCCCCCAUGCUGAACCCCCUUAUCUACGGCCUCAACAACAAGGAGGUAAAGGACACAAUUAGGAAACUGCUGACAACACGGACUCCUGAUUAA